AUGCCGUUGGUGAACUACGAGUCGUUUAAGGUGUCGGUCAACGAAGCCGCGGCGCAGAUCUGUCUGCAUCGACCGGCGCUGUUGACCAGGAGGGACGAGUUGUUUCCGUUGGCGCGGCAGGUCGUUCGCGACGCCGGCUACAACUGUCUAAAGGGUCAUUCGGCGAUUCGUACCGAAAGCGAAAACGAGCUGAGCAGUUCAGAAACGCAGAGGAAACGGCGCACACCGAUCGGUUCCACUGGAAGCAGUGGCAUCGGUUCACCGGCGUCCACUGCUUCGAACAACAGUCAGGCUUCGCCACUCGGCUUGCAAGACAGUGCACAGAACGAGCAGCACAAUUUGUCUCCUCUGAUGUCUGAUAGAUCCCACGAAGCAAAGAAACGGCGUCGCUUAGACGACAUAGGUUCAGAGCUGAAUCGCAUCGCACAAGAGCAGGAAUCGUACAAGCUUCAGGUUGACCAGGCACAAGAUUUAAGUGAUUUGCAUAAUAUUCAAAGAGAGCUCCAAAGAUUGACUCAACGACAGUUGGAGCUGACCGACGAACAAGCCGAUCUAAUCGCGUCAGGAGUGAAUGACGAAAUCACGCCCAAGCUUGAAUAUCCUUCGGCUCCUUGCUCAGUUCCUCAGACUGGUAACUCUUCGUCAUUGGAGCGCAGUUCUGAAAUCCCAGCGAUUAACCCAAACUCAGACUGUACUGAAGACACGAAAGUCGGCAUAGCCUGCUACAGUAACCAAUGA